CACAAACAAAGAAGCUAGAUAGAACCCAUGGCAAGACAUGGCAAGCCAAUCCAUCAUCCCCCGCAAAGCAAACCCCAUCACACCCACCCAAUUCCUCAACGCCUUCCAGCGAACAUGGUUCGAUUCGCGACACACAGCAUGUCGGAGUCGGAGUCGGGGGCUUCCGAGGAGAUUAGGACUGGCGAUCAGCGGAGGUGCUGAUUCUAUGGCGCUUGCGUAUCUGUGCAGACAGUGGGAGAUGGGGCUUCAUCAGCCUGACUCUGCUGUUAUGGCUUUCGUGGUUGAUCAUCGUGCUAGAGAGGAGAGUUCGAGGGAGGCGCGGACUGUUGCGGGUUGGUUGGGGGAUAUGGGGUUGAAAUCGCACAUCCUCCCCCUCACCUGGCCCCAAGGAGGUUCACCAUCAGAAGUCUCCGCAUUCGAGACGCACGCCCGGCGUCUCCGCUUCCAGGCUCUUGGCCAAGCCUGUCGAGACAAUGGUAUUGAGGCCCUCCUUAUGGGCCACCACCAGGAUGAUAAUGUCGAAACCACCCUGUGGAGACUGUGUACUGGGGCUCGGGGCGCUGGGCUCGCGGGUAUUCCGCCUGUCACGGGGAUUCCGGAGUGUCAUGGUCUUUAUGGGGUGUCUGGGAGUGGUUUGGAGAUGAAGCUUCCCUACCAACCAAACUCAAACCCAGACUCAAAGUCACAUCCAUCUCAAAGCGUCACAAUCUCCACAGGCGGCAUCUUCAUCUGCCGCCCCCUCUUGGCCUUCCCUAAAUCCAACCUCGUCGCCACCUGCGAAGCAAACGGCGUCCCCUUUGUCACGGACAAAACCAACUUCGACCCGACUCUCACUCCCCGAAACGCUAUUCGCAGUCUUCUCACGGAGAAUUGGCUCCCGCGCGCGUUACAGCCGCCAUCCAUUCUCUCCUUGAUCAAAGCGAGUCAGGGCUUGCUUCGCGAUUCGACCCGUCUUUCGAAUCUACUGCUGCGAGAGUGUAGGAUUCUGGAGUUGAAACUUAAUGCAGGCACGAUGACGGUCAAAUUUCCAUCGGAGGCAUCUCUAGAUGAACAUAUCCACUCCACAAAUGGACGGGAUUCAACCCAGCGCAUUCGCCAGAUUCAAGCCCUCUCUCUCCGUCGCAUCACUGAGAUUCUGUCCCCGUUCCCGGAUAAUCACUUUUCUCUGAGGGGGUUUGAGAAAUUCAUUGAUCGUGUGUUUCCUUCUACUUCUCAACCACAGCAGGAGAGGCAAAAGCAGGCCUUUACCUUGGGAGGUGUUUUAUUCAAGCCUGUUUCUCAGAAGGGGGAUAGAGAGUGGGAUAAUACAUGGCUUGUGUCCCGUCAGCCUUUUAUGAGGCAUCGUCUUCCUACCCUUUCCUUCGACAUUUCUAUUUCUUCUCCUUCUUCCCCUUCCUCUUCCUCUUCCUCUCCGCCAGACCAACAAAAGAAGCAAGGCCCGAACCAAAACCAAGAAUCAAACUACACCCCCUGGCAACUAUGGGAUAACAGGUACUGGUUUCGAUUCGCCUUGGUUCCUGAUAUGGGCUCUACACUCUCAUCAACCUCAUCUUCACCACAGUCUUCUUCACGAUCCCAAACAGACACCAAAGCAUCGUUCUCUCCCCUUCCAUCAUUAAACACCAAAGCAUCAUCAAGCCCAACAGCAGAACAACCAAACUUUGUAUCCCUCACCCUCCGACCCCUCCAACAGUCUGAUUUGGAGUAUUUGCGAAAGACUACCCCUACCCCUUCAACUUCUACCUCCUCCCCUCCUCCUACCUCAACCUCAACUCCAACAUCAUCUCCACAAAAUACACCCACACCCACACCCACACCCCCAAAACAACCCCCAAACAAAGACAACAACAACAACCACAAAUCAACUCUAACCACCCUCUCCCGCAACGCCCCCGCCCAAACACGAUUCACGCUUCCUGUGUUAGUCCUCGAAGAAAAGUCCAGCGGAAACCAGCAGAUCCCGCUGGCGCUGCCUACGCUUGAGACAUUGUGUCUCACUCCUGGUCCUGGGCCCGGUUCAAGGGAAGUAUUGGGUGGGUACCGGAUUCGGUGGGAGUGGAUGUUUAAGAGUAUUGAUGGGGAGGUUGUUGAGAUUAUGGGUGGUGGAGUUAUCGAUGGAUGAACCUGUCAGUCAGUCGAUCGGUCAAUAGUGUAUCAUAA